CAGCCGAUUUACGGCAGUUGAGGCCGGUGUCAGCUGAUUUACUGCAGCGGCGGCGGCGGCGGUGGCUCCUUGCAACCAGGCAGGGUGAGGUCGGCUGCACCUGCUUGGGGUCCCUCGGGGUCGCCCACCCGGAAUUGCCCGGCUGGUCCUCCUCACGUACGCCGCCUUCUUUACCUCCUCUGCGGGGGCGCCCACAGCAUCUCCUACAGACAUGAUUAUCGCCUGAGGUGAAGCUUUGACAGGUUUGAAAAACACAAUGGCAGGAAACAGUCUAGUUCUGCCCAUUGUUCUCUGGGGCCGCAAAGCACCCACACACUGUAUUUCGUCAAUACUGCUGACAGAUGAUGGGGGCACGAUUGUGACUGGAUGCCACGAUGGACAGAUAUGUCUCUGGGAUCUCUCAGAAGAGCUGGAAGUUAAUCCCCGAGCACUAUUAUUUGGUCACACAGCAGCCAUCACUUGUUUGUCAAAAGCCUGUGCUUCUGGAGACAAACAGUACACCGUGAGUGCGUCCGCAAAUGGAGAGAUGUGCCUCUGGGAUGUGAAUGACGGCAGAUGUAUUGAAUUUACAAAAUUAGCCUGCACACAUACUGGCAUACAGUUCUACCAGUUCUCUGUUGGAAAUCAGCGAGAGGGAAGGCUUCUGUGCCAUGGGCAUUACCCUGAAAUCCUCGUUGUGGAUGCCACCAGCCUUGAGGUGUUGUAUUCUUUGGUAUCAAAGAUAUCACCAGACUGGAUUAGCUCCAUGAGUAUUAUCCGCUCUCACCGGACACAAGAGGACACUGUGGUAGCGCUGUCCGUGACAGGUAUUCUGAAGGUGUGGAUUGUGACCUCUGAAAUUAGUGGAUUGCAGGACACUGAGCCAAUAUUUGAGGAGGAAUCCAAACCAAUUUAUUGUCAGAAUUGCCAAAGCCUCUCUUUUUGUGCAUUCACACAGAGGUCGCUCUUGGUUGUAUGCUCCAAGUACUGGAGGGUGUUCGAUGCUGGCGACUACUCCCUGCUGUGUUCAGGUCCUAGUGAAGAUGGACAGACAUGGACUGGAGGGGACUUUGUGUCUGCAGACAAAGUCAUUAUUUGGACUGAAAACGGGCAGAGUUACAUUUACAAACUCCCUGCCAGUUGCCUUCCAGCUAGUGAUUCAUUCCGCAGUGACGUGGGGAAAGCAGUUGAAAAUCUGAUUCCUCCCGUGCAGCAUAGCCUCUUGGAUCAGAAGGAUAGAGAGUUGGUAAUUUGUCCUCCUGUUACUCGGUUUUUCUAUGGAUGCAAGGAAUAUUUGCAUAAGCUACUAAUUCAGGGUGAUUCUUCUGGAAGGUUAAGUAUUUGGAACAUAGCAGACAUAGCAGACAAACAGGAAGCCAAUGAAGGGCUAAAAACGACAACUUGUAUUAGUUUGCAAGAUGCAUUUGACAAACUGAAGCCUUGUCCUGCUGGAAUUAUCGAUCAGCUGAGUGUGAUUCCAAACAGCAACGAACCACUUAAAGUAACUGCGAGUGUCUACAUACCAGCACACGGGCGCCUUGUUUGCGGCCGGGAAGACGGAAGCAUCAUUAUUGUCCCUGCCACCCAGACGGCCAUAGUUCAGCUGCUGCAGGGAGAACACAUGCUCAGACGAGGUUGGCCCCCGCACAGAACCCUCCGUGGCCACCGGAACAAAGUCACAUGUUUGCUGUAUCCUCAUCAGGUCUCAGCUCGGUAUGAUCAAAGAUACCUGAUAUCCGGAGGUGUGGAUUUUUCCGUCAUCAUUUGGGACAUUUUUUCCGGAGAAAUGAAACAUAUCUUCUGUGUUCAUGGUGGUGAGAUCACACAACUUCUGGUCCCGCCAGAAAACUGUAGUGCAAGAGUUCAACACUGCGUCUGUUCUGUGGCCAGUGACCACUCUGUAGGGCUGCUAAGUCUGCGAGAGAAAAAAUGCAUCAUGCUGGCGUCUCGUCACCUGUUCCCUAUUCAGGUGAUCAAGUGGAGGCCUUCUGACGACUACCUGGUGGUGGGGUGCACGGACGGCUCUGUGUGUGUCUGGCAGAUGGACACUGGUGCGCUGGACCGCUGUGCAAUGGGGAUAACAGCCGUGGAGAUUCUCAAUGCUUGUGACGAAGCUGUCCCUGCAGCAGUGGACUCACUCAGUCACCCAGCAGUCAACCUGAAGCAAGCCAUGACACGGCGGAGUCUCGCCGCCCUUAAAAACAUGGCCCACCACAAGCUGCAAACCCUUGCAACUAACCUUUUGGCUUCUGAGGCCUCUGACAAGGGGAAUUUACCUAAAUAUUCUCAUAACUCCCUGAUGGUUCAAGCAAUAAAGACAAACCUAACAGACCCGGAUAUCCAUGUGCUUUUCUUUGAUGUGGAAGCUUUGAUUAUUCAACUCCUGACUGAAGAAGCCUCUAGGCCGAAUACUGCACUUAUUUCCCCAGAGAAUCUGCAGAAAGCAUCUGGCAGUUCAGACAAAGGGGGCUCUUUCCUGACUGGAAAACGAGCGGCAGUUCUUUUCCAGCAAGUGAAAGAAACUAUCAAAGAGAACAUAAAGGAGCACCUCCUUGAUGAGGAGGAGGACGAGGAAGAGGUGAUGAGGCAGAGGAGGGAAGAAAGUGACCCUGAGUACCGGGCCAGCAAGUCCAAACCACUUACCCUACUAGAAUACAACCUUACUAUGGAUACCGCAAAAUUAUUCAUGUCCUGUCUCCACGCCUGGGGUUUGAAUGAAGUUCUGGAUGAAGUUUGCCUCGAUCGCCUCGGCAUGCUGAAACCACACUGCACAGUGUCCUUUGGUCUCCUAUCCAGAGGAGGUCAUAUGUCCUUGAUGCUUCCUGGUUAUAAUCAGGCUGCUGGAAAGCUACUGCAGGCGAAAGCAGAAGCAGGACGGAAGGGGCCAGCAACGGAGAGCGUAGGCAAGGGGACCUACACAGUGUCCCGAGCGGUCACCACGCAACAUCUGUUGUCCAUCAUAUCUCUGGCAAAUACUUUAAUGAGCAUGACCAAUGCGACGUUCAUUGGAGAUCACAUGAAGAAGGGCCCCACCAGGCCGCCUAGACCAGGCACCCCAGACCUUUCUAAGGCAAGGGAUUCCCCCCCAGCCUCCAGUAACAUUGUGCAAGGACAGAUUAAACAAGCUGCUGCGCCUGUCUCUGCUCGGUCUGCCGCCGACCACUCUGGCUCUGCCUCUGCCUCUCCUGCUUUACGUACCUGCUUCUUAGUGAAUGAAGGAUGGAGCCAACUAGCUGCCAUGCACUGUGUCAUGCUGCCGGACCUGCUGGGGCUGGGUAAAUUCAGGCCUCCUCUUCUGGAGAUGCUAGCUCGAAGAUGGCAAGAUCGGUGCUUGGAGGUGAGAGAGGCUGCACAGGCCCUUCUUCUAGCAGAGCUGAGAAGAAUUGAGCAGGCAGGACGGAAGGAGACUAUUGAUACCUGGGCUCCUUACUUACCUCAGUACAUGGACCAUGUCAUAUCACCUGGAGUCACGGCGGAAGCCAUGCAGACUAUGGCAGCUGCUCCAGAUGCCUCGGGGCCAGAAGCCAAAGUCCAGGAAGAAGAGCAUGACCUCGUGGACGAUGACAUCACCACUGGUUGCUUAUCAAGUGUCCCACAAAUGAAAAAGAUGUCCACAUCUUACGAAGAAAGAAGGAAGCAGGCCACUGCUAUUGUUCUCCUGGGAGUGAUAGGAGCAGAGUUUGGAGCUGAAAUUGAACCACCAAAACUGCUGACCAGACCUCGGAGCUCUAGUCAAAUUCCUGAAGGAUUUGGUUUGACAAGUGGAGGUUCCAACUACUCUCUGGCCAGACAUACGUGCAAGGCACUGACAUUUCUUCUGCUACAGCCACCAAGUCCCAAACUUCCUCCUCAUAGCACCAUCCGGAGAACUGCCAUUGACCUGAUCGGGCGAGGGUUCACCGUGUGGGAGCCUUACAUGGACGUGUCUGCUGUCCUGAUGGGGCUGCUGGAGCUGUGUGCAGAUGCUGAGAAGCAGCUGGCCAACAUCACAAUGGGGCUGCCUCUGAGCCCUGCAGCUGACUCUGCCCGAUCCGCAAGACACGCCCUUUCUCUCAUAGCCACCGCCAGACCACCCGCCUUCAUCACCACCAUAGCUAAGGAGGUGCACAGACACACGGCCCUUGCAGCAAAUACCCAGUCCCAGCAGAGUAUCCACACCACCACACUGGCAAGGGCUAAAGGCGAAAUCCUGAGAGUCAUUGAAAUUCUUAUCGAAAAGAUGCCUACGGAUGUUGUGGAUCUUCUUGUGGAGGUCAUGGACAUCAUCAUGUACUGCCUGGAAGGAUCUUUAGUUAAGAAGAAGGGUCUUCAGGAGUGUUUCCCAGCCAUCUGCAGGUUCUACAUGGUCAGCUAUUAUGAGCGGAGUCACAGAAUUGCAGUUGGAGCACGCCAUGGCUCAGUGGCCCUGUAUGACAUCCGGACUGGGAAAUGUCAGACAAUCCACGGACACAAGGGACCUAUCACUGCAGUGUCCUUUGCUCCUGAUGGGCGUUACCUUGCCACCUACUCAAACACUGACAGCCACAUUUCUUUCUGGCAGAGAAUCUGAGGAUGGAAUGGCUCUCAGAAGUGAAAGGAAGCCUUCCAGAGCAAGGACACUGGUGGAACCAUGAGCAGAGGAGGAGAACAUGGGAGGCCUAGGUGGGUCUGAGUCCAGGGGAAAGUGCACUCCGUCGAGGAGCUUACAGUAGGUUUCCACAAGGUCCGUGGAUCUGCUGAGGUGGAGCAUAGACACGAGGUAUUUUCCUAUUUAUGCCAAAUCCCCUUGUCUCCUGUUUUGUUUGCAUCAUGUUUUUGUUCGAGUGUUAAGUUGUUCAGUUUUGACUGUUUUGUUUUGUUUUGUUUGCUAUGGUCUCCCUUAUAACCCAGGCUGGUCUCAAACUCAGUAUCAUCUUCCCUCCCUCUCUAAGUGCGAGGAUUAUAGGCAUGUGCUACCAGGCUGGUAUCCACAUCACAUUCUCUGCCACUUCUUGAAAUAUAUGUGGGAAUGUGUGUGUGUGUGUGUGUGUGUGUGUGUGUGCGCGCGCACACGCGCGUGUGUAAUACAAUGUGUAUAUAUAUAUAAUUUAAAUUGAUUAAGUAAAUACUAAUUUUGAGCAGCUAAUCUUUAUAAUAGGCUAUUUCAUACUAGAUGUUUAGUUACUACCAUCUCCUCUUCCUUAUUUUAACUCUCUUUAGUUCUGACAAUUAGAAAAAUGUUAAGGAGACACCCUCCUCACCAGCGGUUAUUCUAAAAUUUUGUUGACAACUGCAUUUUUUGGAGGAUACAAAUGCACUACAUAGCCUUCCUUAAAAGCUGAGAAGUAAAAUUAAAGUUUUGACAAGGUUUUAACACAACUUGGUGAUGGUUUAAAAACAAAAUCAAUAACUAAUAAAAUGUAAAACAAAUACAAUAAAUUGUUUAAUUAACAACAUCCUACUGAAAUGUGAUACCUUCAAAUCUGUCAGAACCUUUUUCUCCUUUUUAAUCUAAUUUAGCCUUCCAGGAUAUUUUCUCAUUAUCCCUUUUUCCAGACUGAGUCUCCAGCGCCUUAAUUAACUCCUAUUAAACUCCAUCUAUCAGAGACCUCACCCACUCUUCACUCUGAGCAACCACAGGGCCUAAGCCCCCAGGAGUCCAUUCAUAUCUGCAGAUGGGCUUAGAGCAUGGGUCCCUCCAAGAGCUGAGCCAAUUGUGGUUUUUUUUUUUUCCCUCCUCACGCCUGGUACACUGAGCCACCAUUAUGCCACCUGUACUUUCAUACAUGGUUCCCUUUAGUUCCUGUUUUCCUGGAGUCUUGGAUGGGUGUGUACAUUGCCUAUGUGUCCAGGGCUAGGUUCUGACCCACACCGCAGAGACAGGGACUAGCAAGUCUGGAGUCUAAUUCUCAAGGGGACUAGUUUUUCCAGUGUUUUCUUUUUUAUAAAGAAUAGACAAGACAAGCCGUGUGUGUGUGUGUGUGUGUGUGUGUGUGUGUGUGUGUGUGUACUUUUUGUUCAGCUAAGAAAGUACAAUGUUACAGAAAAGAUAAACCCAAUUUGACAGCUUUUCACACUUUCUUGAACUUGUCGAGUGGUAAGCUUGGUCUUAUCCCUGUCUAUAUUACUAAGGUUCUGUUUGAAUACAUUUGUUUAUUGUUUUCUCAAAACAUUCUCCACUGCCAUCCAGAUUCUGUACCCAACAUACGGGUGUCAUUCUUAUUUUAGAGGCCAAGAUCAUAUACAAGACGGUGUGGUCUUGAUUCCUCUUCUAGUUCCUCUGCAGGCUCCCUGACAUUUCUGGGUUUCCCAGACACCUGAGCAGUGAACGUGGCUCCCUAAGACCCCUGCUCCAAAGGCGGCUUGGUGCCUUCUGCUCAGACACAUCCAGGCCCUUCCUCCUCUGGCAGCCAACUCCCACGUUCCUCCAAGUUUAAAUGGAAGGCCUACAAACAUCAUUCUGGCUGUCCGAGAAAAUAGCACAGCUCUUCAAACUGUGGUGGCCUUUUUGUCUGUGUGUGUGUUUUAUCUUAUGAAGGACAAUCUACAGUGCACUGGGGGAGUCUCCUGCUGCUGAUGUACACCCAUGUCGACCAGGUAUAAAGCUAUCUGAGAAGACUUGUGAGCAUUCCAGGAAAUGAACUAGAAUAUAUUUUGAAAAGUUAAUGAAGUCUUAUUAAUACAAAGCCUUACUAAAACUAUCAGCUAUAAAAUCUUUGCUGAGAAAUGUUAAUGAGAAAUAUUGGUUGGGUAAUUACUCAAGUGAGACUCAGUAAAAGGUUUGUGUGCAGCAUUACUUACUUUGAGGAAGGCAUUAAAAUAUUCUCUUGUUUUGAUUAAUUAUAGCUAUGUGUGUUUCUCUGUUUAGAAAACAAUCUUCACAUAAGUUGUGUAAACGUUUGUCUGAAGGAAAGGGAGAAGCCAGGUUGGGUUUUAGUCUGUUUGUAUAACUAGCUAUUAAACAGCAUGUUCUGGCAGCCACACAGCAUACUGCCACAACUUGAAUUCUUCACUUCAGUGUAUCUGUUUACUGUAACAGCUAGGAGAGCUAGCCAAUGAAAAACAUCCUUAACUCUCUCCAAACAUUACCAACACCACCUAACAAAUAUUGUACUUCAAAAGGUUAAUAAGUUACAUGGAUGCUGGUUUCUUUUUAUUUGCUCCAUCAUACAGCAUCAACCACUCAAAACCAGUGAUGUAAAUCAUAGCACGAAGAUUGUCUUACCAUGUUGUUGAAUGAAAAAGGAGAUUGUGAAACUACGUCUUAAUGUGAGCCUCUUUCUUAGGUCUGUUAUUCUUCGUGUGUGUGUGUGUGUGUGUGUGUGUAUGUGUGUGUGUGUUAUGUGUGCAUACAGUGUGUACAAAUGCAAGGUAUUUGUAUGUGGUAUGUAUGUGUAGUAUUGCAUACUCUGUACAUAUAAAUGCAGGGUACAUUCUUGAGAGUACAUAUGAUGUGUCCACACAUGGUACACAUGAAUACAUAGUGUGUGUGUGUGUAUAUGUAUAUGUUUGUGUUGCAGUUUGCAUGUGUAUACCACAUGUGCAUGCAACUGUGUGUGCCUGUGUGAUUUUUGUAUGUGCAUACAUUGUGCAUGUGUGUGCAGGGUAUAUGAGUGAGUGUUAGGGGGUCUAAAAGUUGUUUGCUAAAAUGCUGACAGUGCUUGUCAGAAGAAAGUAAGAUUUGGGGGGAUAGGGUUUUUUUUUUACUGUUUUAUAGUUUUAUUUAAAAUUUUAUAGUAUUUAUGAUUUUUGUAACAAGGAAAAUGUAUAAUAUUGAUAAAUCCUGUAAUUCUAUAUAGUUUUCACUCAAAGUUUUAAGUUUUUUGAGUUUAUCAUAGUUUAUGGUCAGACGCUAAUCAAUAAACUAAUGUUGAUGAUAACUAGCAGAGUGGUUCAUUGUUUCUUUGAGAAUCAGCCCUCAUCCUGGGAACUAAGAGCAGUGCUCCUUUGAAGGGCUGUAGGGAAAGGUCAGGAGAGACAUGAAGUCAGUGAGCGCCUGGGUCUUCAUCUUCGCACUUCUAACGUAUGUGCCUUCGAGAACUCGGCAUCCCUGUUCUAAGAUGGAAAGCUUUUUCAUGAAAGCUCUGAACACAGCACACAGACUCAGUUUAUGAUGGGAAUCCAGAUACAACGAUGGCUCGUUCAUAAAAUGUGCCCGUCUAUGGCAAGUCUACAAGAUACACUCUUCCUUCGACGCCCAGUCCAUUUCCUGUACAUGGCUGCAUUUCUGGGGACGAAUACAAAGGAAGGCACAGCCAGGCCUAUUGCAUGCCCUUUGCAUCCUCAGCCACGAGCAGGGCUCAGGCUUCAUAAAUAUUCUCAUAGCAAAGCCAUACAGAAUUAAAAUACGUUGUAGCCAUUUAUCAACUGAGAAAUCAUGUAUCUUUAAAGCAUAGUACACUUGUUGAUGCCAGUUAAUGUUAACUAACAAUUUCCUGGAUCAAUCGGAUCUGUUCUAUAAGAUGACUAAUUAUAUACUGUUAGGUUUUAUAGAUGUGAGACUAGCAAAUGACGUUCACCAUUUUAUCUGCAUGUAAAGCAGUAUGGCUUAGGUCGUUAUCUUUCAUUGAGUGUUUAGGAUAAAGAGGAAAAGAAACAAGGACAGAGACCCUGGGAGGAUGACAGGUGAGGUACUGCUUGACUUGAGCUGAAAGAGUUAAUGAUGACCAUACAUUUGGUUUAAAAUGUGACCUCGUACACUAGUGAUUUUUUUCACCUCUUGUGUUCGGCACUAUUAUUAAUGCAGGAAAAUCAGUAACAUUAGUCAUCUUAAAAGGGUUAUUACUCAAGAUGAUUUAAAUUGUGAAAAUGUCAGCGGAGCCUGCACGCACCCUGCUAGAGAUGCCAUGAUUUACGCCCUCUGACACCAUCCUGCUACCGAGAAGCCUGCAAAAGGAAUGGCUUAUACUUUGCACUGAUCCAGAUUCAGAGUGCGGUAUCGCAGUAACAUAUCUUAAAGGUCCAAAGAUCUGCUCGGAUUUCAACUGCCGGUGCAGCUGGGUCAUCACAUGCAUGUUCUGCUCGCAUAACUAGCGUGUGGUCCAUGUAGAUGAAGAUGCUUUAGUCACCAGAGGAGUAGGAAGUGAGUAUUAGUGUGGAGGGGCAGAUUGUUUCCAAGGCCUCUUCCCAGUUUUCAGAGUGCGCUCUCUGUGAUUUAUGGUGGCACAAAUAAUGCAUAUUGAAGUCGUUUAAGUGAUAUUAAGCUCUUCAAGAAGCCGUCGAACUCAGUGGUUCCAAAACCAGACGACUUAAACAACAACUGUUUGAUAUUCGGCACCUUGAUCUAAUUACACGGUUGUUUGUGAUCCAUAGGUUUCAUGUUUCCAUUUUGUAAAUGGAUUACGAAAAAUCACAUUUUAAAAACAAACCCAGAAAAAUUCUCAAAAAGGCAAAAAAAAAAUUAAAAAACUAAAAAUCCACAUUGUGGAUAGGGUAGCAGGGUAGGAGAAGGGUGGAGUGAAAGAGCUCCUCGCUUCUCUCCUGCCUGCGAGGAGAGCUGGGGGCCGAGAUGCUUCCGCAUGUACCGUGCUGAGGAACUGAGUUCCGCAGCACCCACAUGUGUGCUGGGCUGCUGUGCUCACACCUGAAAUCCCCGCGCUUGGUAGGCAGAGGAAGGAGGAAAGGGAUUCCCUGGGCAAGUGGGUGAGCUCCAGGAGCUGAAUGUGUGAGGCCCAGGUUCAGGAAGAGAGACUUGAUGUUGCCCCCAGUAUAUAAUAUGGAGAGUGACUGCAGAUGACACCUGAUCAUGGACCCCUCACCUCCAGCCACAUGCACGUACACACACAUGAAGUACACACACACUCACUCACACACACACACACUCACUCACAUACACACACACUCACACACACACUCACACACACACUCACUCACACACACUCACUCACACACACACUCACUCACUCACACACACACUCACACACUCACACACACACUCACUCACACACUCACUCACACACUCACUCACAUACACACACUCACUCCCACACACACUCACUCACACACACACACUCACACACACUCACUCACACACACACACACUCACUCACACACACACACUCACACACACACAC